GGAAUCAGAGUGUGGCUUGAUUUCCUCUGAUACAACGAAAUUGGAGUCUGGGAGAGUGUAGAAAUGCGCUAGCUGUAUGCUGCUGGUUGUAGCGGGGACAGACAUUGCACCGACCUUAGCACCGCGGUUUCGAUUUGCGCUGAAUUUCUCGAAUUCGUGUCACCAAUUGUCGUCAGAGAUUCUAUGACAAUGCUGAUUUCUUCUGCACUGCAGACAGCCAUAUGUCAUACCGCAUUCAUAUAUGCCCAAGAUAGAAGAACAUCAUUCGUUCAUAAGGGCGUUUUGCAGCUGUCUGCUCGUGCCCGGAGGUGGCGACGAGGUGAAAAUUCACCACCUGGUGGACUCUUGUGCCGCUCGAAAGUAGCCUCCCAUCAUCUUCGUGUCGGAGAAUUCAUAUAUGGAAUCAAAGCAGGGUUGACAAUGUCUGACGGGGAAGUGGCUGCUGAGGAAAGCGAGCUGUAUAUGGGAUUUGAUUUUGGGACGUCAGGCGCCAGGGUAAUGGUCAUCGAUGGAGAAGGAGAAAUCUGUGCUGAUGGGAAGCAGUUAUACCCAGUAGGCUGUUCACGAAACAGAGUGGGCCAGCAUGUGGAAGGAUACAUUGUUCACCCUGAUCGACGCUGUACCGGCUCAAGUGAGGUCUCGAGUAGUCGCAAUAUCUCUUGAUGGCACUUCCUCUACAACGAUGGUAAUUGACAGGAAAACAGGGCAACCUGUGACACGACCUGUUCUUUACAACGAAAGCCGUCCACAAGCCCUGGCGACAGUGGAGGCCAUCGCUCCAGCCAAACACACUGUCUUGACGGGAACAUCAACUCUGUGCAAACUUGUUGCAUGGUGGAUGUCAGAAGGUUCCAAACUACAAACAGAAGUGGUCAUGAUGCACCAAGCGGACUGGUUACUCUCGCUUCUUCAUGGCAAACUCGGCAUAACAGAUUACAACAACGCUCUCAAGGUUGGUUAUGACCCGGAGUUGGAGGAGUAUCCAGCAUGGCUCACGUCACAACCGUACGCUUCCCUCCUUCCCCUGGUUAAGGAGCCAGGCUCUGCAAUAGGUCUUGUUGGCCAAGACAUCGCUUCAACUUACGGUCUACGAGAGGACUGCCAAGUCUACACGGGAACAACUGACAGUAUCGCAGCUUUUCUUGCAGCCCGAGUUACAGAGCCUGGUGAAGCUGUAACAUCGUUGGGCUCUACGUUAGCUGUGAAACUGUUGAGCACAAGUAGAGUAGAUGAUUCGCGAUAUGGCAUAUACAGCCAUAGACUAGGAGACAAAUGGCUUGUUGGUGGAGCCUCGAACACAGGUGGAGCGGUUUUGCGACAGUUAUUUUCAAACGAGCAGCUUCAAGAGCUCAGUGCACAAAUCGAUCCAUCUAAGCCAUCACCGUUAGACUACUAUCCUCUUCCUAAAGUUGGAGAGCGCUUUCCUGAAGCCGACCCUAACAAAGAACCCAGAUUGUCUCCUAGACCAGACAGUGAUGUAGAGUUUUUGCACGGAGUUUUGGAAUCCAUCGCGCGUAUUGAGGGACGUGCGUAUGCAGCGCUUGAUGAGCUAGGAGCGACACCUUUGAAGGCAGUUAAAACAGCUGGCGGAGGAGCACAGAACGUGGUGUGGCAGAGGAUCCGAGAACGUGUGCUGGGGGUACCAGUUUCCGCCUCAACGCAAACCGAAGCUGCAUAUGGAGCUGCUCUUCUUGCCUUCUACGGUUGUAAAGGCCUAAUCCGAACUUCUCAAAAGUCCUACAGUACUGCAUCUUGAGGCGAUCUAUGGAUAUCUCUGUUCACGAGAACCUCCUCUCAUAACUCGUCGUGGACCGACUUUGAAGUCACUUACUACAUUGUCAAGAGGUUGUGAAGUAGGCGCUGAGAAAUCCUUCAGGCGAUGGAAAGUUAGUUCCGAUUCCCGGAGAAAAGCUAGCCAGUUGGGCCAUAUAAUCCACUAGAACUAAGAGAUUAUUUGUUGCUUUAUUUAUACAGUGCAUGACCAAAAGAGAGAUUUUUAAGAGUAAUUUGAGUUAGAAGGCUUGAAGACAUUGAAGGCAUGUACCGUAUGAAGGCUCGUCAAUGGGGGAUGAUCAUGUUGCUACAUGAUAUAUUGUAAGAAUCCUGUAUUCUGAUUCUUUCUUGCUAAGUAAAUUUAUCUUUCCAAU